UCGCCCUGGAAACGGACCAGCCAAUCAGAGCCUGCGGCCCGGACAGGCGGACGCGGCGGGGAGCUUCCGCGGGUUCGUGUUAACCGACAGCGAUGCUGAAGGCUAAGAUCCUCUUCGUGGGCCCCUGCGAGAGUGGCAAAACAGUGCUGGCCAACUUUCUCACGGAAUCUUCGGACAUUACUGAAUACAACCCAACACAAGGUGUGAGGAUCCUAGAGUUUGAGAACCCACAUGUCACCAGCAACAACAAAGGCACGGGCUGCGAAUUCGAGCUCUGGGACUGUGGUGGCGACUCUAAGUUUGAGUCCUGCUGGCCAGCCCUGAUGAAGGAUGCUCAUGGAGUGGUGAUUGUCUUCAAUGCUGAUAUUCCAAGCCACCUAAAGGAAAUUGAAAUGUGGUAUUCCUGCUUUGUCCAGCAACAAUUCCUCCAAGACAGUCACUGCAUGCUUGUGGCGCACCACAAACCGGGCUCCGGAGGAGACAAGGGCAGCCUGGCUUUGUCUCCCCCCUUGAACAAGUUGAAGCUGGUGCAUUCCAAUCUGGAGGAAGACCCCGAGGAGGUCCGGGCGGAAUUCAUUAAGUACUUAAAAAGCAUCAUCAACUCCAUGUCCGAGAGCAGAGACCGCGAGGAGAUGCUCAUCAUCACCUAGUCUCCCUGUGCCGCCGCCUCCCAAAGGACGCUGACCUCCUCGGGCAGAGCUCACAUCCUACCCAGCCGCUGACACACCCUUCUCCUAUGGCUGCACAAGUGUUCCUUAUCCUGUAGCAGGUUCCUGGAAGAGUCAGGCAUAGUGGCAUACGCCUGUGAUCCCAGCUAUUAGGAGGCUGAGGCAGGAGGGUUGAGAGUUCAAGGCCAGCCUGGGCUACAUAGGGAGCCCUUAUCUUAUCCCUUCCCCAGAAGCAAAAAGCUGCUCUGCUUGCCUGUCUCGACUGUCAUGCAUAAACAUAUCCUUCUGGCA